AUGAGUGCUAAAAAGUAUCUGAAGAUGCCUGCCCAGCAGCCGACGCAGCCUGCGGCCAAAACAGAAAAGGAAGAGAAAUUAUGGAACGCACUUAAGCGGCACAUUAUGCGAGAACGUGAACGGAAGAAGCAAGAGCUUGAAGCAGAGGUGGAGGAGGAACGCCUUCGAAGGGAACGGGAGGAACGGGAAAAACAGGACGUGAUGACGCUCGGCGAAACGAAGGAGCAAAUACUGAUGCUGGAGAAAAAUUUGGAUGAGCUAAGGAACGAAAAGCAGCAGCUGUUUUUACAGCUGAAAAAAGUGCUAAACGAGGAUGAUAACAGGAAACGACAGAUGAAAGAGGAGAUGUUUGCGAUACAGAAUAUUCCGCAGCAAAUAUUUCUACCCCAGCGGCCGAUGCCACCGCAUCAGCAGCACAUGAUGCAUAAAGUGAGUCCACCCGAAGUUCUGCUUACGUCGGAACGCAUAUUCACCGACGCUUACCCCAACUUGCAGGGCAAUCCGCAGGUAAAUGCGGCCAAACGCACGCACAGCCCAUCACCGUCCCAGCACAUCCAGGGCUACUAUAAGCAGCCCAAUCCCAACAAUCAACCGUACCCGCCGCAGCAGAAGAUCGAGGAAGGUAGACGGGGCGGAGAAGUGGCCCGUGCCGUUUUGUGGAACAAAUCGCAAUACUGUCCGCCGGUUGGUUUCUAUCCCGGUACCCCGCCUACGAACCCGCAGGAUGGUCGGCAGCCGCAGCCACAGAUUUUGUACCCGUACCAGAGCAGUCUAACCAUUCCCAUGCGCCAGUACGUCGAUAUACCGUCCCAGCCGGGACCGCCAACGCAACCGAAACCCGAACAGCUGGUGGUGAGCGGUAAGGUGGGCCCGCUUCCACCGUCGCAGGCAAACAUUUACCACAUCAGUUUGGAUCAGUCGGCGGCCGCAAUCCACAGCCAGCAGCCCCCACCGCAGAUGAAAACGAUCACGAUCGAGAAGAUACCGCAGGAGCGCAUUGUGCCGUACCAUAUCGAGCUGCAGGCGAAGCACGACGACCGUACGAAGGAUCUGCGCCAGUUGCAGGGUCCACCACCGCCGUCCCAACCCGGUGUCGUUGCAACGCAUCUGCCGGAAGGGAUCGUUUAUGCGCCCGGUCUGCGUCCCGGUGCUAUACAGAUGCACACGAUUGCUACCAAUCAGCAAUUACCGAAGGGUGGAAGCAUUACACAGGGCUACCCGUCGGCAAGGCCGCCACCGAUCAGCAAUCCACAGCAACCGCCACCUUCGCAGAUGCAUUACAAUCGCCACCGUUACUGA